AGCUGUUUGAGACGUAUUCUCAUCACCUGUGUUUUCGUCAACAGCCUUGCACUACUUGGGGUUGUGUAGGCUUGCAUUUUGUUUGCCAUUAUGAAGAUACACUUGAGUUUCGUUUUAUGGAUUUUGAUGGCAGUAGUCGUCGCAGGUCAAGCAAAGCCACAUCGGAAAACGAACAAUCAGCCAAAUGCUGAUAUAAAGUCAGACUGUGCGGGCAGCCACAUGACGCUGACUUUGGACGAAGUUUUGGCUGUGGGGAACCAACUUGAAAUUGAAGCUACGAAUGGCUCUGAACAUAUUUUACUGACGCCAGGCUUGGCUGCUAAAUGUGGAUAUAGCAUGGAAUCUGACCCAUGGGGCAACACCAGAAUCUAUACAUCCUUGAUGGGCUGCUAUGUUGACAACACAGAUGAUCAAUUUUUUAAUGUUGGAUUAAGACUCAAAAUGUAUAGUGACGGGACAUCGGAUGUGGUUACUCGUGACGUGACCAAAACAUGCAGCUACUCUGCCUGGGCCUCCCAGGAGAUCGUUUGUGACAGAAACUACAUGGAAAUCUCAAAAGACCUGGGGCAGAGAGACUCAAGCCCUCACACCAAAGGACAUGCUGGGAACAUAAAGGAUGACUUGACCAACAACGCAAUGCUAAAUGUCAAUGACACGGCAUAUGGUAUCUGGAAGAUGACCUUUUACACCCCUGAGCCAACUGUGAUGAUGCUGGACGAGGUUCACGAGGCUGGCUAUGGCGCUAUGACUAGCCCUAAUCGACUGGUUGUGCGAAGCCCAUACAACACAGCACAGACCUACUCAGAAGAUGUGGCUGGUGUCCCGAUGGAGGUUGUCAAAGUGGGCACUUACUUCACCACGCCACAGGGUCUGAGAAUUGUGGAUUUAAUGGUUGCUUGCCCUACUGGUGGUGUGACGGUUAAUGAUGGCACGAUCUCAUGGAACAUUCCACGCUACAUUACCCCCCUGUUGACUGGCAGAGUGAAAAUACUGGAAAUGCACAUGGGCAUUAAUGGAAAAAGGUUGGAUAAAGCUCAGAUGGCUUCCAGGGGCUACACGCUGUCUACAACAGAAUAUCACCUAGUCAUUGAGCUUCCGAUUGGCUCUCCUGAUGGUUACUUCAAGAGCCAUGCCCCAGAUUACCAGUACCAUCUCUCCUACACUGUGGAACCCAUGCUUGAGUUGCUGUGGAUUGCAAAGGAUACUCAGUCUGAUACAAGAUAUAAGGUUCUCUUCCCAAUCACAACCCCUUUGAUGCCCUGGUAUCCAGAUAUUGCUGAUGAAACUAUCCCAGAGGAAGGGGUGUUUAAGGUUAAGUUUGGCACUCUGCUGCAUGAUGUGAACUUGGUGAACAUCACCUUCUCAACUGGGGUUCUGUCUGCUGCGGAGUGCAAUGCCAAAGGGUUCCUUCAAGAACAAAAGUACUCCAAUGGCUCAAAGUUUUAUUUGCUGCAAGUGCCCUUCUCUGACGACGUUGUUUUAAAACAUAAUCCAGAGCCCUUGCUUACUGCCUACUUCCUGCCACUGACCUACGGGUUUAUGGUCAUGCCGGAAGAGACACCGUUUUCCUACACUCUUGCGGUGGAUGCAUCACUGAACGAUGUUGUUCUUCCCACUGUAUUUGGCACAUGCAACAACGCUACCUUCUUCAUAACUGUGAAAUAUGGGAGUCAGGGACACAACUUUGAGACGAUGCUAGGUACACAGAUGCUUACUCCUGAGCUCGGUAGAGUCUAUGGGCAAACUGAAAAUGGAACACACCUCAGCCUUUCCUUGCCAUACACUUCCCUGGAUGUAGCUUUUGAGUUGUUCGAUACGGCUUCGGUCAAAGCGAGGCUUGACGUGCUACUGUGGGAGCCUAUCAACAACUGGAGCCUCAGUGAAUUAUCCCUGGCCUGCAACUUUCCUUUGACCACAACAAAAUGUUACUCAAAUGGGACCAUGACUGCCCUCAGUCUGAAGUUGGAAUCUGUCCCCAAUCUUGUUCCACAUCAGCUCACCCUCAGAGACAAGUCGUGCAAACCAUAUUUCAGUGAUGACCGGUUUGCACACUUCUCUUUUAAUGUAAAUGCCUGUGGGACUAGUAGGGUGUUCUUUGGAAACUACUUGCUGUAUGAGAAUGAUAUCUCCCUGGAUUAUUCAGCGAAGGCCUACACGUCACCAGUUGAGCCAGACUUCAGGCACACUGUAUCUUGUUACUACUUGUCAAUGACAUGGCAACACAUGGAGUUUGAUAAUGAACCAUUAGUCAAUAUUCCAUCAGCUGAAAUUGGUACAGGACAGCUGAUGGUUGAGAUGAGACUAGCCCUGGACGAAUCAUACGAGUUGUUCUAUCAAGCACAAGAUUAUCCUGUGCAGAAGUACUUGAGGCAACCGGCUUAUUUUGAGGUGGCACUGCUGCAUUCGGCUAAUCCCCAGUUGGAGCUCAUCUUGGACAACUGCUGGGCCACACUACAGGAGGAGAGGACCUCUCUGCCUCGUUGGGACAUUAUAGUAGACGGCUGCGAGAACCUGGAAGACCGCUACAUCACCAUCUUCCACCCGGUUGUGAGUGACCAGAGGGUUGUGGUUCCGUCGCUCUUCAAACGCUUUUCCGUCAAGGUUUUCUCCUUUGUGAAGGAUAAGGAAGUCUUGCAAGAUGAGAUUUAUGUCCACUGUGAUGCUGUAAUCUGUGACUUGAAUGCUGGCAACGGAGUCUGCAGCCAGUGCCGCGGUUCAACGGGUGUCAGACAACCAGUCGCUGCAAAAGGACAAAGGGUGCAAAGAAGUACUACUUUACACAAAUGGCAAAUCUCCUCUGGACCGGUGCGGAUCAACUUCCUAAAAUAAAAGCGUCUUCAUUUUAUUUCUGUUUAUUUUUUUACCUUCAUGGAGCUUGUCAUAGUGGAGGUAUUUGUAAACAAUGCAAUACUUUCAAUAAAAUAACUGUAAACCCUG